UGAAUAGAGUAGUGCAGUGAACAGGAGCGAAGCUAGGCUCCGUCCGUGUACAUACCCAAGUGAAACGAAACAAGUACGCGAAGCGAUUAUCGCUACACAAGUGUAAUUAAAUAAAGCACGUUCUGCGUGUAAUGUGCAUGCAUUUAGGUAGAUAGAUGUGUCUACGCACAUUUUCCCCCGAGUUAUCACAACCGUUAUCAUCUUCCUUUCCCAACAAAACCCGGAUAACACAACGUACCCAAGUGUCUUCAGCCCAGUGGAUGUAACUCCUCUGUGCGAUUUGUCAGUGGAAGGCCCAAGGCACGCCAAACGUAACGUCUUAAAAGUUCAAAAAGUUUAAGCUGAGCUUUCAAAGAGCUUAGUCCACAAAUAGCUGAGCUUUUCUUUUUAAAAAGUAGUGCGCGGGAAAAAACGUAGUUUUUUUGUUAACGAGGAGGCAGGCGGGAUUCGGGAGUGAAAUGUCGCGAUCAGAACGGGAUGUGAAUAUCUGGUGUGGCGUGUAAAAAUUUAGUGUGUACGAUGUGGUGUCCGAAAAAAGUCUUCCUCCUCCUCGUUGCCGCUGCUAGUGGUGAAUCUUGCAGUUUUUGCUGCAGCCCAAUAUUACGGGGUCAGCAAUUUCAAGGCAGUGAUUAGUGGUGUGGUUUCAAAAAGGGAAGUGGGAAAAGAAAAAUAUUCGUAAAAUAAAGAGGGAAAUUGAGAUUGAAAGAGGUGUUUUGGCACCUGGGGAGUCGAGGAACAAGAGUAACGGUCGCUCGCUCGGAAGCGAGCGUUACUGGCUCUGCCUCAUGGCGAGAUAUUUUGUGAUUUGAUUAUUUGAGGAGUAAUUCUUAUUGGGAGAGAAGUUCGAUUGAUUGUGCAGUGAUGGUUUUGUGAAGUGAAGUGAGGAUAAUCGGGCGAGUUGUGUGUCGUUGUACAGUGCCGCCAAACGAUACCACAACAUCCGAUCCCAAAUGAAGAGUUCGGAGCAAAAUGGUUAGAGAGACACGUCACCUGUGGGUUGGAAAUCUGCCGGAAAACAUCCGUGAGGAUCGCAUAAGAGAGCACUUCAAACGUUAUGGACGCGUGCAGAGCGUCAAGCUGCUGCCGCGGGGCGAGGAAUGCCCCGUGGACGGAGGUUCCCUGGCGGAGGGGAACGAGGGUGGUUCCGGGGCUGGAGGCGGUGGUAGCGUCGGCGGAGGCUCGACGAGUACCGGGGGUGCAUCGGCAACGGUGGCGUUCAUGGAUAUCAAGUCCGCAGCGAAGGCCCACGCGACUGAACACACCUUGGACGAAAGAGCCCUCACCACCCAGUACUACGAACCCCAGCAUCUCCAACACAGGUUUCCCACACACGGAAGUUCGGAGGAUCAUGGAUCCAGCGGAGGUGGAGGAGGAGGCGUCGGAGGAGGAGAAAGAGGUGAGGGUUUUGAGUCGAGAGGAUCGCACGGUAGCUUCUACAGUAGCGACAGCAGGAGCAACCGCGUGGGCGGCGGCGUUGGCGUUGUCGUGGGCCACCAGGUCGAUCCGACUUCCGGCGAGUCGGUCGGUUACAUACCCCGCAUACGCCCGCCACCAGGUAGCGGUUAUCACGUGACGCCGCCGAGGGCGAGGGAUCGGCUUUACCCGCGAACGGGUCCGUAUUCCAGCGGGCCGCCACCCCCGCCCCACAUAGACCGCCACCGCAGUAGCCUGCAACCCUCGUCCUGGACGAGUUACGAAUCGGCCAGUUCGAGGUACGGAUCUGGCCCACCUCCACCAUCGCCAGCGACAACGGAUUCUUAUCCCGACGAACCAGGGAAUGGUAUUGGUGGCAACAGUGGUAGUGGUUUAAAACAACACAAGAAACAGAGGAGAAAAUCGAGAAGUAGCAGCAGUUCGCCGAGUGGAAGCAGCAGGUCGGGUAGCUCUAGUAGUAGUAGAAGUGGUAGCUCUGGUGCCAGUUCCACUGGUAGUAGUUCGCCUGGAAGUUCUCCACAUCGUACCGGAAAUGCUAAUUCCCCGGACGACCGGAGGCCACACGCGAUAUGCGUGCGGAAUUUGCCGGCGCGUAGCAGCGACACCUCACUCAAGGAUGGGUUGUUUCAUGAGUACAAGAAGCAUGGAAAAGUCACCUGGGUAAAGGUCGUCGGCGCUGCGGGUGAUAGGUAUGCCCUGGUUUGCUUCAAGAAACCUGAGGACGUGGAAAAGGCACUUGAAGUGUCACAUGACAAGUUGUUCUUCGGCUGCAAGAUCGAAGUAGCUCCUUACCAGGGUUACGACGUCGAGGACAAUGAGUUUCGACCCUAUGAGGCUGAGUUGGAUGAGUACCAUCCGAAGGCGACGAGGACACUGUUUAUUGGAAAUCUUGAGAAGGACGUUACCGCGUCAGAACUCAGGAAACAUUUCGAGCCCUUUGGAGAAAUAAUCUCGGAUUUAUCUGUGCAGGAAAUUGAUAUUAAGAAACAGGGAGCAGUGACGAGCUACGCCUUCUGUCAGUAUUCGGAUAUCAGCAGCGUCGUCAAGGCGAUGCGAUCGAUGGAUGGAGAACACCUGGGCUCGAAUCGGAUCAAACUCGGAUUCGGAAAGUCAAUGCCCACGUCCUGCGUCUGGGUCGAUGGCAUCGGAGAGUGCGUUUCAGAGAAGUACAUCAACAUGCAGUUUCAUCAGUAUGGGUCAAUCACACAAGUGGUUGUUGACAGGGAGCGAGGGCAUGCUUUAGUUUUUUUCGAGCAGAUCAGCUGUGCUCAGACUGCAGUGAAAGAAAUGAGAGGGGCAACACUUCGGGGACGUCGUUUACAAGUGGACUUUGCCUCGAGGGAGUGCCAGGAAACGUUUUACGAACAUCUAGAACGUCAGGGGUUUGCAGGCGAAAAACCUUGGGACACAAGGCCAACUCCGGCUGCUACUUUCGACGUAACAAGGGAACGGCCUUUCGAGCCAGCUGUGACUGUUCCAAACGCUGGAAGCAGAUUUACUCGGUACGAGACACCACCGAGAGCGAGGGCAGCGAGUUACAGUCGAACUCCAGGAGGCGGAAGCACACCUGGAGCGAGUCCAGCUCACCCGACGGCGAUUUCCAGAACGAGCAGGCGAUCGUAUCAAGAUCCAUAUUACGAAAGCGACUUUGGCGAGCCAACGCCGAGGAGAUUCCGAAGCUACGACGAAUUCAGUCAAGGCAGCGGUGCGAGUCACGACGACUACGAUGGUGCAGUGAUCGGCGAAAGCAAGGUGAAUGAUGAAGACUGUCCAUCUUUAUCUCGAAGGCAUACUAUCCAGAGCGUCGUCACAAGUGUUGAUCCACCGGUGCCUCCGCCUCCUUUAUUACCUCCGCCUGAUAUCAGGCAUCUUCAGAAGGAGCGGGUGCACCUAUUGGAACAACUCGAGGAGUGUCACAGCAGUGGUGACGAAGUCGUUUUCGCACCGAAGAAAAGGCCGAAGCUCGAUGGAGCGGCGUCGAUACUUUGUGACGACGACGAACCGGAGAUUGCUUCGUUGCUUGUUACCUCGCAUUCCGGGAGAAAAGGGAUGGAAGUGAGGAGGGUUAGUGACAGCAAGGUGAUGGUGCAUCACGGGUCAAGGAGAGGUAGCUGCGAGGGAAGGGGUCCUGGACCUUGUAAACGACGAAGAGAUGCCACAAGACAUCACGAUCCGCACGAGGUUUCCAGGCCAGGAACGCCGCUCGUUGACGAGAGACCGGACGACGGGCCAACCGAGCCUCGAACGUUUCGAGAGAGAAUUCACGGCGGUCCUCUCUCCUUGCCCCUUCCGAGGUUCGCCUCGCAGGUAAUGAACAACAACAACACGAGUAACAGCAACAACAACAGCAGUGGCAGUUCGAGGUCGACUCACGUUACUCUAGCCAAAAUCGCCAGUCCACCUUGUGCCUCGAGCCUACCAUCAACAAGUCCUAGAAUGGCACCUCAGCCUCCAGCUUCGCCUCCACCUCGACAUCCUAGUCCGAGUCCCACCAGCUCCGACAGCGAGACAGCAUCUCAAUCCCCGAGCCUCGAGGAAAGGAUAAAAUCUCUGAAUGAGAAGUAUGAAAAAUGGUCUGGUUCUCGAGCUAUCAGCGCCGCUGGUGGCGACGCUCUUGCCAAACUAGAUGCCUCUGCCUCGGAACGUUUUAGAUUUCGACACAAACUCCUUGAUCUUGAUCUCCACGAGGUCCAACCCUCUGACAUCGUGAAAUCUGUCCUCGCGAAGAGGAGCGUUUUCGACGAGGAUUCGAAACGUUUAGAGAACUUCAAUGAGAAGUACGAGCCUCGAGAGUUCACGGGCGUGAUAGGCGUGAGCUCUAUGAUCGGUAGCACCGGAAGUCUUGCGGGUGUGGGUUGUACCAGCAAGGUCUGUCUGCAGUAUCCAUUUCCUAGUCAUCCACCGGUGCAGACUGCCUCGUCUAGCAGUCUGACGACCACAGCAACGACGCCAACGCCGACGCUCAAAAGUGACCCGAGAACGGCGACACCCCACAGCUGUGUGCAUCCGAGUCCAACAACUCCUGUCACGCCCGGCACGUCGAUCAAGACAGUCAGUCCGGAAUUGCCACCAGUUUCACUACCAAUCACGGCCCUGGUUAGUGCGACGGCAGCGAGUAGUAGCAGCAGCAGUAGUAGUGGUUUAGUAUCAGCAACUUUAGCUUCAGCAAAUUUAGCAUCAGCGAAUAGUCUUCUUAGUAGCAACGGUAGUGUAGGAAAUUUAAAUAGCGUUCAUUCCCAGAGCGCUCUGACGAGUCGGACAAUCAUCAAUCCUGUUGUCACUUGCCCUGUGACGAUAACGGGAUCGACGACCUCGACGAUAAAUAGCACGACGAUGGCGACUGCCACGACGACGACAGUCGCGAUCUCAACGGCAUCGACCUUAGCGUUUAACGUGAGUCAUCAACCUUCCACACCUUCGUCUACCUCGUUAUCAACUUUAUCUUCCUCCUCUUCCUCGUCGUCUUCUUCGUCUUCCUCCUCUGAGGUUCCAAGAGCCAAAUUGAGAAAGGAGGCUGUGAAUAGUAGGGAAAGUCGUGACUCCAGGGACAGUAAAGAUUCCAGAGACGGUAAAGACUCCAGGGACGGUAAAGACUCCAGGGAUGGUAAAGAUACCAGGCAUGGAAAAAAGGAAGCUAGGAAAGCGAAGAAAGAGGAGUCGGAGGAUAAGAGUCGGAAGGAGGAGAAAGAAGAGAAGCCGAAUGUGGUCGAGAGGGUAGAGACUGAGAAGGAGGUGAAGGAGAUGAAGGAAGUUAAAGAGACCAAAUAUGAGAGGAAAGAAAGAGAGGAGAAAGAGAGGCGAGAGAAGGAAGACAAGGAGAAGCAGGAGCGGAGAGAAAAGGAAGAAAGGGAUCGACAGGAGAGGAAAGAAAGAGAAGAGAGGGAAAGGCGCGAGAAAGAUGAGGAAAGAAGAGAACGAGAAAGGCUAGAAAAGGAGAGGCAGGAGAAGGAGCAAAAAGAAAGGGAAGAGCGAGAGCGAAAGGAAAAAGAAGAGAUCGAACUGCGAGAAAGGAAAGAGAAAGAAAGGAAAGAACGAGAAGAGAAAGAGAGGCAAGAAAGGAAAGAAAGAGAAGAACGGGAGAGACGAGAACGGGAGCGGGAACGAGAGGAGAGAGAAAAGAAGGAAAAAGAGCAGCGACUAGAGCGUGAAAAGCAGGAAAAGGAAAGACUUAGGAAAGAAAGAGAAGAGCAAGAAAGGCGAGAGAAGGACGAGCGGGAGAGGCUGGAAAGGGAAAAGAGACGAGAAGAAAAAGAAAAGCUCGAAAAGGAGAGGAAGCGAGAAAGGGAGGAGAAAGAGCGAUUGGAAAGAGAGAGGAGAAAAGAGAAGGAAGAGCGGGAAAGACAGGAGAAGGAGAAGCGUGAAAAAGAGGAAAAGGAGAGGCUUGAAAAGGAGAAGAGGAGAGAAAGAGAAGAUCAGGAAAGGAGGGAAAGGGAAAAAGUCGAACGCGAGAAGAGGAAAGACAGAGAAGAGAAGGAAAAAGAAAAGGAGAAGAAAGAGCGGGAAGAAAAGAGAGAUCGAGAUGAAAAACGAGAACGAGAAGAAAAGAGAGAUAGAGAGGAAAAAAGAGAUCGAGAGGAAAAGAGAGAUCGAGAAGAGACUAGAAGACCGAUUGAAAAUCACAUUCAUCAGUCUGUUCCUCCUGCUCCUGUACAAAGUCCCGCUCCAGUUGCUAUCAAACGGCGCUGUUCUUCCCAGGAUACUCCUGUCGAAGACGACGCUAAGCGCAUGAAAAUUUCUGAUCACAGAAGAGACAGCAAAGACCGAUCUAGACAAAACAGGAGGUCCGAAGAUCGAAAACAUCGGAACGAUUCUCAUCGAUCUAGUCGAGAAAGUAGAGAUAGCAGGGAAAGUAAAGACUCACCUGGUCAAGAAUGUAGAGAUAGUGUUCAAAGUUCCUGCGAUCUUACGAAAGAGUUGAGCCGAGAAGGAAAAGAAAAUAAUCGUGAUUCAAGUGGGAAGGAGAAGCAACGUAGCAAAAAGAAUCGUUCGGAAAGAUCGGAGAAGGAGUUUAGAGAAAGGAGUUCCAUUUCUCAAGAGCCUGACAAAGAUUUCCUGGCGAGGCUUGAGUUGGCGAAGAGGAACGAUCCGAAUAUCCUAAGCGAUCAAGUCAUGAUGGUCCAUCACGUGAAGGAGAUGCAACAUCAUCAUGAGCAUCAGCAGAACAUGCAUAGCGAUUUGGAUGAAGGAGCUUUGUCCACUCACGAGAUGCAAGGAAUGCGACAUCCUUCUGCCACCGAUACUGAUAGUGAUGAACCUAAAAAGCAUUCGAUCUUUGACAUUGUCGAUGACGGGCCUGCGUAUAUAAGUAUGUACGAUAAGGUGAAAGCCAGGUCGACCAAAAACAUGCAAAAACUCGAGGAGGAGAAACGCCAGGUGCGACUAAAAGACAAGUUUUCUCAGCUGAAGCAAAGUCGAGCGAGACGAGAGGAAAAGAAGCAGAGCACAUCCUGGGAUGGAGAUUCUGUGAGCAGCAAAGCCCUCACCGAGGACGAAGGCACGUCAGAGUCUGAUUCCGCGAGAGCAAAAUCACUUUCGAGAAAGGGUUCUCGAUCACGCAUCCAUUCGGAUACAAGCGAGGAGGAUGAGUCCUUCAAUAAACACACCAUUGUCAAGACCGAGAGGUUUCAUGAAAGCGAUGUUGAUCUUGGGUUUGCUGAUUCGGAGGAGAAACAUAAUCCUAUGGAAUCGGCGAAAACUAGCGUGAUGGUGAACAAUAUUAGGGUUACGAUAAAGGAAGAACCGAGGACAUCUGAUGAAGAGGAAAGGAUGUCUUUCUCUGCGAACCAUCCAGUGGCGAACAAUCAUGAAAGGGACUUGCGCAAGAAGUCGCACAAAAAGAAGCAGAAGCGACAGAAAAACUCGAUGAGCAGUGAGGAAGGCAUAAAACUGGAACCGCCCGAUAGUAUGGAGCAUAAGAAUAUCAAGCUCAAUGCAACUGGUACAAAUCUUGAUUGUCGUGUUAAUCAUUCGCCCGAGUCGACCAAUACUACAAUCUCGACUAAAUCCCUCAACACUUCGCUUAUUGAUAAUGCUGAGGACAGGAUGCGGGCUGAUAAGAAACAGCGAAACAAGAAGGAAAAGCGCAGGGAGAGAAACAUAGAGGAAAAAACCAAAGCUAGGAGAAAGAGGCUCAAUAGACAAGAGGCGAGAGAUAGUCAAAGAAUGGAAGACAUAUUCGGUCCCCUUUCAGACGAUAUUGAUGAAACUCCAUCCAAUGCUUUCUUCAACAGGCUUGGGAGUAUUCCCAAUGAGAACAACGUUUGCCAUUCCGAUAGUGAUGGGAACCGGAGUCCAGAUGUUGAAAGAGUCAGAAGAAAAUCGGAAAAGAAGCGGCGACAUCAACCUCAGGACGAAAACAGUGUCGACCUUGCGGAGGCUGGACGGGAAAUCGAAGCCAAGCUUCUUGGUUUGCCAAAUUCUCCAAAAUCUGCCAUUUGCGCUGAGUCUGCCGAUCACGACGUCUUCCGAUUCACGGAUGAUAAUGACAGUGUCGAACAUACAACUCCGAGCACAGUUCCUGAAAAGAUCAAGGAGAAGAAGAAGAAGAGAAAAAAAUCGAAAGAGGAGCGAGGGCGCAAGGACUGUCACCACCACCAUCAUCACCAUCACCAUCAUCAUGAUAAAGGUGGAGCCUUGCCCUAUCUUGGAGCAGAAUCGAGUCCUCCUAGAGCGAGUAGUCCUAUCCUUUCGAAAGAGAUGUCGCCCACUCUUCCGCCGUCCAGAGAAUCAAUGCCAAGUCCAAUACCCAAAAUCUCCCCGACCAUUACCAAUAUUUCUCCACCACUACCGACCAAUCAAAUUCAAAAAGAGUUGAAACACGAGAAAAAGAAGGAGAAGUUCAUUCCAGGUUUUGGUAUCGAGAUUGAUGAAACUAUGCAUGAGAAUGCUGUCAAGAGUAUUUCUGAACCCGAGACAAUAGAUGCGAGCAAUCAGUCUCGAAACAGCAGAGAGGAAACAGAAGUGCCAGCACCAGCUUCUCCGCCAUCGCAACCUGAAGACAAACCUCGAGUUGCUAUUUCACAAGAAGAAACCGAAGUUGCAGUUGCUGCUCUCAUGGCUGAGAACUUUGGGGGACCUCCCGAGGAUUAUUCCUAUGAAUGUGAGGAAGAAGAAACUGAGGCUGAUUCUUCCAACGGUCCACCACCUGAGGCUCCUCAAGAAGACGUCGAGGAAAUGCAGCAAGCCGUUGAGAGCUUGAAUGCUUCUGCUGUUGGAGAAGCUGAAGUAGAUCUGAAACCAGACACCCCUCAGAGCGAACACGAUCUGCAGAUUGAUACUGACACUGAAGAGGAUCCAAACUACGAGAGCUUUGAUCUCACUCAACCACCAAAGACGCCAGACAUUCCAUCUUUCUACAAGGCGCCUGCAAAGAAUCCGACAAGUUUGGAAAAACCUCACGAAAGUCAAUUACCACCCAGCUCAAAUAUCUCUGUAGUCAAGCCUUCGAGUCCUCCUGGUGUAAUCUCACAUGCGUGGGCGGUGAACGAACUUAAGACACGAGAAGUUGCUAAAGUCGCUCCGCAAGUUGCUGCUCAGGUCGAGCCUCUGAAACCAAAUCUGGAUGCUAACGAGCCUGAAAGACCAUCUCAAAAUUUGCCACAGAGUUUGUCUCAAAAUUUGCCACAGAGUUUGUCUCAAAAUUUGCCACAAAGUUUGUCUCAAACUUUACCACAAGGUUUGUCUCAAUCUUUACCACAAACUUUCCCUCAGCCAUUGUCUCAACCUUUGGUGUCACCUGCAAUUCAGUCUCGAAGGACAUCCACAUCUCCCACACCACCACCUCAGUACAAACCAGCACCCUGCGCAGUUCCAGUUUUAAACCAAGUUUCGAGGAUUCCGGCAGUGAGCCCAAGACCAACACCUAUAGGAUAUCAGCCUCUCCAUCAAAGACUCCCUGUCACUCCACAGAGUCAGAUGGUUCCUUUGAGACAAGUUGCACCCAGAAUGCAGAAUGUUCCUGCUUCUUGUUCCGCCAACUUGGCACCUUUACCACCCUUGGUUCCAUCAAGAAUGCCACCUCUCAUCUCAGCACAAUUGUCUCCUAGGGUGUCGCAACCUCUCUCACCAAAUGGUCAAUGGUCUCGUAACCCAGUUAUGACUCCUCACGUUCCAACCGGAGGCAAACCUUCACCUCCACCAGUCAGGAUUCCAGUCAGCGUUCCUAUUACUGCUCACAAACCAGACACUCCAGCGCAACACAUCUAUUCCACAGCAGCUAGUCAGCAACCAGUUAUUCAACACGCUCCUGGAAUGCGAGCAUUGGCUCCAAAUUACCCGCGUGGAGGUCUGCCACCUUUAACGUUGAACAUACCACCGAGACCUUACAUGCCUAAUGUUCCACCUCUAACCCCUGGAUGUCAAGUUAAGAGGGACGCAAACUUGGUUGGGAAAUCCGUUAUAGAAACAUUGAUUGCCGUGAAUCCUAACGAACCUCAGAGACAUGACGAGCCUAAAUUGUCUCCUGCAGUUCUUCCUGAAUCUACGAACAAGGCUUCUACCUCUCCAAAGGUUCCCUCGCCUAACCAACCUCCAACAUACAUACCCGAGACUGCGAAAAUCGAUAUCAGCGCCAGUACGUCCAGUCCCAUCUUUGGAAAACCUUUGUCUUUGGAGACUACGAUGCUUUCUCCUCGACAGAAACAACAUCCUGAUAGUGCCUUGAUUUCGCCCAGGCAAAAACAAGACAUGUCGAAUCUUCAGCUUCUGACAACUCAUAUACCAAGGGCUUCAACACCCAGUCCUGUUAUUGUUUCUCAUUGCCAACAUCUAGUCCAUAAGACUGUCCACCCGUUGGGUCCGCCUGUAUCUACGCCCAAUCAAUCACUAAUCAAGACUGUGGUGCCUAUCUCUCAUCCCACUGAGAAGUUGGAAUAUCAAAAGAUGAACGAGCAGAAAUUUGAACAUAAGUUCACUGAACAGAAGUUUGAACAGAAAUUUGGAGAUCAGAAGCAGAUUCCUCAGGGGAUCUUGCUUGGGAAGUCUCCUCAUGUUUCGCAUGUUCCCCUUGUUACCACUGUGACGCAAACAAUCGUCUCAAGAGUUGUGACUUCGAUUGCUCCAUCUUUGUCGAAGGAUGUUAAGGAGAUUAAUGAGGUGAAAGAUUUCCAAGGAUAUAAGGAAAUUCGAGAGUCCAAGCCGACUGUAGAGAAGGCUGAUCAAGAUUCUGAAGUUCAACCUAUGCUGCUUACACCUCCUGUUCCACCGACUACGUCUAUCGAAGUCAAGGAAGAUCGACAAAUCGAGGUUCCAAAAGUAGAAGAGGUUCCUAAAAUAAAGGAGGCAGAAAUAGUUGAGAAAAAGGAUAUUGUGAAGCAAGAAACAAAAGAGGAGCCUGUGAUUAAGCAAGAACUAAAAGAAGAAAAAGAGGUGGAGGAGAAGAAGGAAGUUGUAAAAGAAGAUCUUACAAAAGGAUCUGAAGAAAUUCUUGCUAAGGAAAUACCUAAAGAAAUUCCUGUCAAGGAACUGCCUAAAGAGCAUUUAAUAAAGGAACCUAAAAAACAUCUUGUAAAGGAAAAUCCUAAAGAACAUCCUGCGAAGGAAAUUGCUAAAGAAUAUCUUGAAAAGGAACUACCCACCGAGCAACUUGUAAAGGAACAUCUGGCAGAAGAUUUACCGAAGGAUCCAACAAAAGUUUUGCCCAAGGAAAUCAAAGAACCCAUAAAGGAAGAAGUAGAGGUAGAUGAAGAUUCAACAGAUCUCAAGGAACCAAGUACAGAUCCUCUCGCUCUUGACAUUGCUAAAGAGGAUCCCACCGAUAGUAAAGAGGACAGCGAUUAUUGGUCAGCAAAGGAAGUAAAUAUCGAUAGUGUAAUAAAGAAAGUUGAAGCACUCUGUGGGGGCGAAGAGAAUGAAGUCGAUGAGGAAGUUGAACAUCAUGACACAUCUGUUCUUCACGAGACAAGCAAAAGUGAGGGAGAUUUCUGGUUCGAUUCAGAAUCUAUGGAAGGAGACAGCAAGAAGAGCUUCUCCAACGAUGAUCAAGACGAGGGGGUUGAGACCUGCGAAAUUGAAACUAAAUCCCGCCGUGGAAGGUCAAAAUCGAAGAGAGGACGUGGUGGAGUCACUACCAGAAGAGGUGCGAAGGCAACAGCUGGUAAUAAACGAGGAGGCAGAACUGCAAGAGGUGGGAAACAUUAUACAGAGAAGAAUAAACCAGCUGAUGUCUACGAAUUUCAUGACGAUAGUGAAGAGGAUAAUGCUGGUCGCCCAAGAUUGAUCCUGACGAUUAAAUCCCCUGGUCCGAAUGCAAUUGGAUCUAAUGCUCAACCUGCUACUCCAGUCGCUGCUGUGAAAGAAGUUCCUGCUGCGGAGUUUGUCUCCCCGACAAUUAACACCAGGAAGUCCAGAAGGUUAGCAGAAAAGGAUGGUAGUAGAACGACUGUUGACGAGAUAAUCGAAGACGUUAUUCGUGGGGCGGCGAAUAAAGGUCUGGCUGCAACUAGAAGAAGCACGAGACAAAACAACUUUAAGGGUCUUAAUCAGCUUGUACCACCAGCGGAACCUAAAAAGUCGACGAGAGGCAGGAAGGGGAGAAGAACAUCUGAGAAUGUGGACGAUGUUAGUGAAGAAAAGAAAGAAGCACCCGCUCCAAAGGAGGAAGUUGAGAAGACCGAUGAGUUUAAGGUUAAGGUUAAGGUUAAGGAUGUACAGAAAGUAAUUCCAGGACCAGUGACACAAAAACCAGCUUCGCUCGAACCUAUGACGCUGAUUGAUCCUGUUACGGGAUUGCUGAUUCCGAUGAGAGAGUCUGAGGAAGGACAAUACAUUCCUGUUUCCACAGCAAGUCAGGCUCUUCAGAACACUUCGAAAAUCACAGUCGAGUCGAGAACUGGAUCCACUUGUGUCAUCAGUUCUGCCGGUUCUGACAAGGCAAGUUCAGUGGUAGAGGCGAACCCUAUUCUGAAGCCAGAACAUCCCGAAGAAGUUAAACCAGCAAUGAAGACGGAAACUUCUCCAAAAACUAAGGCACAUUUUCCUCCAUCUCAGGCUCAAGCUACAGUUAUUACCAAGCCGACUUCGCCUACCACUCAAAUCCCAACAUCAGUAGUCGUUCCAACUCCAAGCACGACACCGAUUACAAUCGUUCCAACUUCCCCGCUUGUUGCCACUCCAUCUUCUUGUUCAGCACAAGCAAAACCACACACUUUGAAGGCUCACGUUUUGAACGCGAGCAAGCUCGUGAAUCCGGUCCAGCCUUUGCAACACCCCAUCAUUCUGAAUAAAGCUGUUCCAAGUUUGCCCAGCCAGACAAUCGUGCAGAAUAUUGCUAAGCCACCAGUUCAAGCUGUCCAGAGUCUUCAUUUGCAAAUUCCGAGCAACAGAGUGGCUUCGCCUAGCUUGAGUCCUCAUGCAAAACUUGUUCAGCCUUUGAAUGCAGCGAAUGGAAAACAAGGACAGCCGUUGUCCCCAGUGCUUAAUAACGCUGUGAUUCCUCCAAAUCCGAAGCAACAUCUUCUACAAGCAGCGAAACAACAUGCGCCGAAGAUUAUUAAUCUGCCGCAGAAGAUACCGAUUAAUGUGCAUCCGGGCACGAUGGCAGCGACACCUACGCAGAGGAUACACCCUGGAAUUUCUCAACCAUCUGCAUUGAAGGGAAUCAAUGGACAGCUACAUCCGCUCAACCCAAAAGCUCAUUUACUUCAGGCUGUUGUACCGCCGAUGAUGACUGGGGCCGUUGCGAGUCCACCAGCUCAACCUCAUCUUAUUGGGCCACAACCGGUCGUUACUGGCGCUACUUGUUCCAGAUCCGCGCCUUCUAAAACUCAGGUAUCUGGUACGAUGGAGCCUCCAAAAGUAGAAGUUUCCAUGUCUGGCUGUAUUAUGGUUCCUUCUCCAAGUCCUCAGCCUCGUAUUGUUCCAAUUUCCGCAUACGAAACGUCACUGCAUGGGAGUGCGGGUGCAGCUCCAUCGCCAGGGGGACAGUAUGGACUCGUCCCCCCUCAUCGCUCCCAAAGCCCUCCAUUGCCCCCACCUGCCCAUCAUCAUGCUAAUGCUUCUCAGGGCGACGUUGUCAAUCACUUUGGCAGUCUAUCAAGAGCCGGGGAACUGCCAUCCCAUUACAUUCAUCCACAUGCCUAUCAGUAUCAGUAUCUCCGAGCACAGCAAGAAGCUUUAACAGCUCCACGAAUUGCAUACCACGUCCCAGGAACAAGAUCCCCGCACUUGCCUCUGGAUUCAAAAUUGGAAGCUGGUGGGGAAGAAAGCCACAGUCCGCCUUUGGAGUUAAGACGCAACACCCGGACUCCUCACGACAGGACAACAGACAGUCCCCAGGUCGCCCAGGUCUACAUGCUUCACGGGAAUGCUCGCCUUCCUCCUCCGCCCCAGUACAACGCCGGAAGUACAGUGGCCGUUCAAAGAGCCUACUACGAUCCACCACCGGCUCAUAUUCGUUCCCAGUAUCCAAUGGCUGCAAGCGAAGCUCCAACUGAGAGAUCCAUCACACCUGACAGGUCCAGAAAGCAAUUAGUCACGACUCCACCUCAUGCGGCUCAAGUCCCACCUCAGUCCGAUUCUCUUCUCAUGUUGCUGCAAAGGUAUCCGGUCAUGUGGCAAGGAUUGUUGGCACUCAAGAACGAUCAGGCUGCUGUGCAAAUGCAUUUUGUCUUUGGAAAUCCCAAUGUCGCCAGGGAGAGUCUUCCUUGCAAUAGUGAUGGAUCCACUCCACCACUAAGGAUCGCCCAGAGAAUGAGGCUUGAACAAACUCAGGUCGAAGGAGUCGCGAGGAAGAUGCAGACUGAUAAUGAGCACUGCAUGCUGCUAGCACUUCCCUGUGGUCGUGACCAUCUGGAUGUUCUUCAGCAAAGUAAGAAUCUUCAAACUGGAUUUAUAACCUACCUCCAGCAGAAACAAGCUGCCGGAAUUGUCAAUAUCGCUGCACCUGGUUCACGACAGCCUGCCUACGUAGUGCACAUAUUUCCAGCUUGUGACUUUGCAAACGAAAAUCUAGCCCGGAUCGCUCCCGACCUUCUCCACCGAGUCGCGGAGCUCUCUCACUUGCUCAUCGUGAUCGCCACCGUCUGAGACAGAUUCGCAUUCUCCUGGAUUUUAAUCUUUUUAACAAUGUCUUCAUUUCGCGCAAACGGACGCUUCUCAAGUGGCAUGAAGCCUGGAGUGUCUUAGCGGAUGGACAACAGAAAAUGUAUCGGAUUCAAACGACACGAGAGUCCAAAUUUCUCUCUUGUCAUCAGUUGCACCGUGACAAUCAGGCGGACGAACUGGCCGAAAGUCAGAUUCGCGUCGCGUCUCCAACCCACGAGAGAAAAAAUAUAUUUCCUUUAUAAUAAAAAAAAGAAAGUCGCGAAGAGAUUAGCGAAAUUCUCUUCUUCCGCGUGUCUCUUUGCUAAAAAAAAGGUGAGAAAUUGCUAAAGCCAAAGUGAAUUCGGAAACCAAAAGUGCUGUAAACUUUCGUUGGUGAUAGAAUUUAAUUUAUAAAAUUUAAACACUUUUGGUUUCCGAGGUUGGGUCUCUUUUUUUAACAUGUCAAGGAAUUGCACUUUUUCCAAUGCCGCGUUGAUUGAGAAGAAUUUCUUGUUGAGGAGCUAUUAAAUUGUAGAAUCUAGGAUUCGCAGUACUCGUGGGGAGGAACGCAAACGCGCCUAACCUGGACCUAGUAGAUUCCUGAAAGAAACCACACAUUCACACAAACUUUACCCUCUACACAUGAGCUAAAUAUUAAGGCAUAGUCGUUAAUACUGUACCAAUUUAAGCGAGCCGGCAAAGGCAUAACUACUGUGAUUUUAAUUAUUUAACGAUAUGUAUCGCAUACAAACAUAAGGAAGACCGUCUCUGGUCCGCGCGAUAUGUGAUGUGUUUUUGUAUAAUAUUACUCUAUAUAAAUACCUAUGUAUUAUAUUACUGUAUCGAUAGUCGCCGUCGCCGUUGCUGCUCUUGUUGAGAGAAGAUAGAGAGUAAAUUAAUCGAGACCUCCAGAAAUGAAACAGAAAUGAUAGAUAUUAAAGAAAGGGAAGAAUAUAAAGAAAAAUCGAGGACUACUACUUACGUAGCUUUAUCCCUAGUGUACCAUAAAUUCCCAUAGCAAGAUGUAAAAUAUUAUUCUAGCGCUAUGUACAUUAUCGGAAGAUUUGUAAUAUUCAUUAUUACUCUCGAUUCUUUAUUAUAGACAUUAUUGCUACGAUUAUAAUUAUAUAUUAAUUAUUAUUACUACUUCUAAUACCGAAUACUACGUUACUACUCUAUGCUACUACUAUACUACUACUACUAUCGAACCUACUACUACUACUACUACUACUACCACUACUACUACUACCACUACUACUACUACUACUACUACUACUACUACUACUACUACCACUGCUAAUAAUUAUCAUUAACGUUGUUACACAGGCUAGUUAGAACCGUACUGAGCGUUGAAUAUACUGAUAGCUCCGUGUUAAAUCACCCUAUCUCGGAGUCUACCUCUAAAACGACCACUCUAACGUUGGUCGUGUAAACUAUCUAGUUUGCUUUUACAGUUGUCCCUUCGUUUUUCGUACGUAUAGGCAGCUACUAAUACUAUCUAAUUUAGUUUAUUAUUUACAUUUAUUUUCAGUUUGUUUAAUUCAAAAGAUCAGAAAAGAAUGACAAUUAAUUGUAAAUAAUAUACUGAACUAGAGAAUAUCAGUCAUUAGACCUAUCUGCUGUUUGAUUUGGAAUUGAAUACCGCGCAUGUAUACUGAAACGAGGGGCCAGCGCAGCGCCAAAGUAGUUAGUUUCGACAACCAAUUACUCCAGAGUGGUUGUUUUAGACAUCUUAGGUUCUUUUUACAUGGAGGUAUCGAACUACGAUUAAAAAAAAAAGAAAUUAGAAGGGGCUUAAAGCUGUCGUGCCAGAGGGUACGACUGAUCUCAUUGAACGUUGACGCCACCCCUCGAUACACUUCCAUCCUAUUACUUCUACGGAACCCCGCGCAUUAUAGUCUCUUUAGAAUCGUGUCCAAGGUUAUAAUGCGCUUACGUGUAUAGACAAGAAAUUAACAUUAUAUCACACAAAGCCGUGAAAAAAUACGAGUAAAGAUAAGUAAUGAGUUAUUUACAAUACUAUCGCUGACGCGCAUAGGUUGCGCUCGCCUCUAGUGAGUAACAUUAUGUAAAAAAAUAGGAACCGAGAGAGCGUUCAGCUAGUUAACUGCUCGGAUAUUAUUUGAUAUUCACAAUCGAGGACAUAAAUCGGCAUAAUUUACGUUUUUCUUUUUUUUUCUUUUAUUUAAAAUUUGUCUCAAAUAGAACACUUGGGAUUAUUUAAAAUGAAUGUAUAUUUAUCUUCUUUUGACUGUGAUUUUAUUGUAGGAAGGGCGUCUUUGUGUGUGGUAUAAUUUCCAAAUGAAUACGAAAUUUUCGAAUUUCAAACACUCUCUCGAUUUCUUGCUAAUCAAUAAUUUAAGGCAGCGCAGAUACUCGUUGAGCGUGUGCAUGUACAGUGUAAAAGAUGCGGUGUGCAUAUGUACAGUGUAGAAGUAAAAAUUGAGCGAGCGAAAUAAUGAAAAAAAAAACAUAUAUUAGAGUUACGAGUUAAGUAUAUAUCGGACGUCCUCGACGUGUAAAUUGUGCGGAAUUUUUUCAACUUCUAUUUAAUUUUGUUAGGGUUUUUGUUUUCUUUUUUUUUCUCUUUUUUUUGCGGAUUAGGUAAUGAAGGAUCGGGCAUAAUAUACACGUCGAAGAGUCGAAAAAACCUAUCCUGUAAAAUAUCUGUGAAUAUUAUGAUUUAGUUUCUUCCUAUUCUAGGCUACUGGUAUAGAAAAGAUUAUGUUGUUCGCAUAAGGAAAAUGUACAGAUAUCACAUUUUUGUUUUGUGUUUUACUGUAGCUAUUGAUAAUUAUAUGGAUAUUAACGAUAAUAAUAACUAUGAUUAAAAAACUUAA